GCUGCAUUUCUCGCAAUCGUACCUUUGGUGUAUGCAGCCAAUCCAGUAGCUAUUCAGUUUGGACAGAUCGGAACUUAAAACUUAACUCCUCAAACUAUUGCCUGUGAUUUUUACAAUACAAUUCUUCAGUUUACACCCGCUUACUAUGGACAAACUCUUGAAGAUGUUUCUGACGCUUCGACAUGGAUUAUUGCAAAACUAGAUCCAAUUUUCUCGCAAACUACAUUUGCAUGUCCUGCUUGUUCAUUUAGUAACAAUGGAGGAAAUUCUCUUUUCAGUCCAAAUACCAACAAAACUAAUAAUACUACUUGCUUUGCAAAAACAAAUCAAUAUUACAAAGUAUAUUUUCCAGCUGCUUCGAAAUAA